GCUCGAAGGCUGUUUUGCAACACGGAAGAGGAUGUAGGCAGGAAAGAACAACGCGGAAAGAGCAAUGUAGCUGAUCUCCCUAGGACAGGCCGGGCAGGUACAGAGAAAAAAGCUAGUUAUGAGCAAAAGCUGGGUUAGUGCAGUUAAAGAAAGCCCAGAAAGAACAAUCAUGUCUCUGGACAAAAUUCACAUCGACUCCAAUGAGCUGAUUGAGAAGCAGCCCCUGGACAGUGGAGGAUUUGGAAUGGUGUCUUUAUGCUACAGGAAGAAUCAUGGGCUCGUUGUUUUAAAAACAGUGUACACAGGACCACAACGCACAGAGUACAAUACUUCCCUCCUUGAGGAAGGGAAAAUGAUGAACAAGUUGAAUCAUGAUCGUAUCAUAAAGUUGAUUGGAGUUAUUUUGGAAGAUGGCAAUUACUCACUUGUUAUGGAAUUGAUGGAAAAUGGGAACCUUUUGCAGCUUUUACAAAGUGUACCUAUCCCGUUAUCCGUGAAAGGACGAGUAAUUCUGGAAAUCAUUGAAGGAAUGUCUUAUUUACAUGAAAUGCGAAUUGUACACAAAGAUUUAAAACCUGAAAAUAUCUUGGUUGAUGCAGAUUAUCAUAUCAAAAUCGCAGACCUAGGCGUAGCAAUUUUUAAAACCUGGAGUCGACUGACCACUGAAGAGCAAAGGAGAAGGAGCCAAAUGGGCUCAAAGUUGCAGAACAACGCAGGCACACUGUCGUACCUAGCACCAGAACAUCUGCGCUCACUGAAUACCAAGGCCACAUACAAGUCUGACGUGUACAGUUUUGCCAUUGUAGUAUGGGUGAUCCUGACCAACAAAGAACCAUAUGAAAAUGCACUGAACGAUUCACAGGUUUGCCAGCUGGUUCUCCGCGGAGAUCGGCCUGAUAUGGAUGAAAUUCCAACUGAAGGCCCCGGAUGCAUUGUCUGUUUAAUGAAGCUGUGUUGGGAAAACGACCCCGAGAAGAGGCCAACUUUUAUAGACUGUGACUUGCAAUUCCGACCAUUUUACGAAGAACAUCUACAUAAAAAUAUUGUUCUGGAUUUGACCAAAUUAAGAGAAUUGUCGCUGAAGAAACCGACUGCUCCAAGACAGCUAGUGAGAAGAAUGCAGUCUUUGCAAGUGGAUUGUAUCGGUCUAAUGCCGGAAACCCCGACAAGAGACGAUCCAAAUUCCUUGCAUAGCUCCCAAGGUAUCCCUGCGAAUGGCAACACUCUGGAAACAGAGUUUACAUCCUGUAAGUUAAGUGAACCUGCUGCAAAUGAGCCUGACAGUGGUAUUUGGCAGGAAACCGACGAUCUGCAGGUCAGAAGAAAACUAAACAAGGAAUUGAAUUACCACAUGACGGGCAGCCGCCUGGACGCUUCCGUUUCUCAGCGCAGGAUCGAAGAGAUCUUUUUGGAAAGAAGCAAAAGAGUUUCCAACGAGCCAGAUUUCACCAACCGGUUUCCUUGCGUGCCUCCUUCUCAGCGUCUGCCAGACGUGCCCAGUGCAGCACAGUCUAUGGACUUGUACGGUUCCCAAGAGUCAAGCUUCCAUCAGGAGCUCCACAAAACAGAAGAUGCCUCGGGAACCUGUUUGAACUAUGCAAAACCUGUCAAGGAAGAAGCCGGUUGGCGAGAUGCAAGUAAAAUAAGUCCGUCAGGAAUUCCUACUGGACAGGAGGGUACUCUGUACAGAGCUCCAGUCCAUGUGCCUGUCACCGAGACUGGUAUCCCACAAGUUAGACAACCGGGUAUCUGGACUCCAUAUCAGCACACGGGAAAUAAAACUGAAUCCAGUAACUAUAUUGGGAACGUUCUUCAGAAUCUUGCAAGCCAGUUGGUGCGGACGGAAUCCAAUAAGAUGAGUUAUUUUGGCCAAGAAGGUACAGCGAACAUCUCCAUAAAUGAAGCCAGGGGAGUUCAGAUCGGCAAUAAUAACACGAUGAAUAUUGGAAAACAGGUUUUCAAUGCAAAGAAGAAGAGUGGCUCCAGAGUUUCUAGGCAGAUACAAAGUGCUCUGCAAUUUAAUAUUAAUGAUAAUACCCCAGUUCAAGAAUCUCACCUGGACCUGCUCCGGGGAGAGUUGGGCAAAGAUUGGAAACACUGUGCUCGUAAGCUGGGCUUCAGAGAGUCCGAAAUCGAUGAGAUUGAUCAUGAUUACGAAAGGGAUGGAUUGAAAGAAAAGGUUUACAAAAUGCUACAUAAGUGGCAAAUGAAAGAAGGAUCCAAAGGUGCUAGUCUUGGCAAGCUCACACAAGCCCUUUGUUCAUGUAACAGAUAUGACCUGAUUCGAAGUUUACAAAACUGUGUCUAAAUUUACUCUGUUCCAAUGUAAGGCAUCUGCCUGGAGCUGGACCUGACUCUUUGCAGCUUCGGUGCCAUAUUUGACCCGGAAAUGAGUUUCUGGUCGCGUACCUCACUGUCACUAAGGCUGCCCAUUUCCACCUCUGAAGUAUUCCUUGACUGCAGUCCUCUCUCAGCUGAUUCGCAACUUGCCAAUGCUUUUAUCAUCUCCAGACUUGCCCAAUCCACCUUCAACUGUCUACCCUCUGUAAACUCAAAGUUGUCCAACCCUUUACUGUCAAAACUCGCAUCAAGGCGUGUUCCUCGAUCAUCCCUGUGUUCGCUGGCUCUUACUGGUUUCUGUUUAAGCAACGCCUCAUUAGUAAAAUCUCAGCGUUUGCUUUUGCCAAGCCUGCGCUUACUGAGCACACAUCAUAACAUUGGUGUAACCUUACCAUACAACUCCACUAGUGCUGAGACCGAGGUCUUGUGGUCAAGUCCAACAAGUUGGAACCUUUUUGACUUAGAGGGAAGAAUGAUCGCUCGUGUGUGUUUUUAUAGAUGAGAUUCCCUACAGUGUGGAAACAGGCCCUUUGGCCCAGCAGGUCCACACUGCCGCUUGAAGCAGCCCACCCAGAACCAUCCCCCUAUAGCCCACACACCCCUGAACACUACGGGCAAUUUCCCAUGGCCAAUCCACCUAGUCAGCACAUCUUUGGACUGUGGGAGGAAACCGGAGCACCCGGAGGAAACCCACACAGACACGGGGACACGGGGAGAAUGUGCAAACUCCACACAGACAGUUACCCGAGGCUGGAAUCGAACCCAGGUCCCUGGCGCUUUGAGGCUGCAGUGCUAACCACCAUGCCGCCCAUAUCCUUCAUAAAUCUAAAAUGCAUUUCUAUUCUCAAGCCCUUAGAAGCUUUGACAUCAUUUGCUGACCUUCCCUCUUCUCUCUAGAUGUUGAUAAUGAAGUCAUUGUGGAGCAGCCCCAGUUUAAGGCCUUGUUCCUUUGGACAAAUUCUCAGUGAUUUUGUGCCUUUGAAAUUGAAGAAACUGAUCUUCAAAGAUGUGUUAAUGUGGUCAGCGAGCCAAAUUUAGCUUCGCCUUCACACUCCCUGUUCAUGUGGCCCAUCUCACUGCCCUGCACCCUCAUUACUGUUUGACCUGCUACCACAGAGCAGGGUGAUAGACAGCUGGUAUUCUGUGUCAUACCACAGGGUCGGCACUGGAUCCCUUAUUGGUCACCAUGCGUAUACGUAAAUGAUAAAUGAGAAAAUCUGAGGUCAGAGGGAUUAGUAAGUUUGUCAAUAACAGGAAGAUUAGACGGGGAGUUGGUCAGAUGAGCAGAUUAAUGGCAGGUGGAAUUUAACUCUGAAAAGUGUGAAGCGAUGCACUUUGGAAGAAGGAACAAGACAAGGGAGUACUCAUUGAAUGGUAAGACAAUAGGAAGCUCAAAGAAAUCUUGGGAUCCCUAUCCACAGAUCCCUGAAGUCAUCAGGACAGGAUACUAGUUGGCUCAGAAGAGAUAUGGGACACUUGUCUUUUUCAGUCAUAGCAUAGAUUAUAAGAGCUGAGAAGUUAUGUUAAGGCUGCACAGGGCUUUGUUUAGGUCACAGGUGGAGUACUGUGUGCAGUUCUGGUCUCCACACGAUAGGAAGGAAGUGAUAGGGUGCGGAGGAGAUACACCAGGAUGUUGCCUGGGAUGGAGCAGGUUACAAAUGAAGCGAGGUUGCAUAGGUUCAGGUUGUUUUCUUUAGAGCAGAGGAGUUUGAGAGGGGAUCUGAUUGAGGUGUGUAAGAAUUAUGAGGAGCCUGGACUGGAUGGAGAGAAAGUAGGGGCGUAAUUUUAAUAUGAAGGGGAGGAGGUUUGAGGGAAGAGGUUUUCACCCAGACAGUGGCGAGAAUCUGAAAUGCACUGACUGGGUGAUCAGUAAAGCAGGAAACCUCUCAACUUUAAAAAGUACCUGGAUGAGCAGUUGAAAACAAUCCAGGCUAUGGGACAAAUGCUGGAAUAUGGGAUUAGUGUAGGUAGGUUGGUGCAGACUGGAUGGGCUGAGUGGCCUUUUCUGUGUUGUAUGACUGUGUGUGUCUGUCUCUCUCUCUCUCUCUCUCUCUCUCUCUAUCUCUAUCUCUCUAUUACUCACUCACUCACUGUCAUGCUCCCUGAAUGACGCACAGCAACAUCAGGAACACAACAAUGGUAUCAGCAGUGAUGUCAAGCAACAGCAAUGUCUUAUUAGAUUGCAGAGAUAAUGGGAACUGCAGAUGCUGGAGAAUCCAAGAUAACAAAUUGUGA